UCAGCUGAUAGGGCUUUAUAGCAGCUGUCAAAAGUAUUUCUCAGAAAGACAAAAUAUUUGAUAUCAGCAAUCAAGUUGGAACUCGUGUGUUGUAUUUUCAUUAUGUUUCCAAAAAACUAGCAAAGUCUGUGAUUCAAAAAGUUAGAAUUAUUAACUAACUAGAAAUAUUGAACACUGUUAAAGUGUCGGCACGCACAGUUCGUGCAACAGGGCUUACAUAUUACACACAUCGUUAUCGGCGGCCACCGCAGUAAACUGAAGUGCAUUCUUUAGGUGCAUGGUGCAGCAGGUGCAGGCACGAUUAAUCCAUGGUUGAACCACUUGCCACCACUCAAAUUUGUGUGUUAGUGUACAACGAGAUACGCGUGAUAUUUCAAGCACUGGAACGGUUGAAAGUUUUCCCCGUGAUUCAGCAAGUUCGUGGACUUGAUUACGUCACAGAGCGAGAAAGAACGCUUUGGUUCAGGCCAAUGAGGGAGUCCGCACGAGUGAUUUGUUAAUUCGUGUCCAACGUACGUGAAGUACAGUUUCAAGCGUAGAUUCCAUACUGGCAAUUACAUGGAGAUAAUGGAUGCCCCCACGGUGCAAAUCAUCACUAACGAGGACGUGCAGUUGGUUGUGGAAAGGAGUAAACGGGCAUCUUCAAAAGUGAAAUCUUACCGUUUUAAACGAAUAAGCGAAGAACCUAUCGGAUAUUUGGCAGAUCAUCUUAUUCUAUCCGUUGAGCUAGAGGAAAGUCCUGCGCAAAAGGAUACAGGACAACAAGAUGAUGACACUUCCGCCUCUUCAACGAGCAGGACUCAAAAUGUUUCGUUCUUCAUCAAGAUGUUACCGGAAACAAACCUUAAGCUGGCAGAGUAUAUAACAGAGAUGAGCUGCUUCGAUAAAGAAAUAUUCAUAUACAGUAAGCUAAUUCCCGAGCUAGCUGAUAGUUGUCAGGGCAUUGGAGACGUUGUAGCUAACACCUAUCUAACGAAACAAGGAAAAGUGAUCGUUUUUGAUGAUCUAAAACAGCAAGGCUACGGUAUGAUUGAUGGAGGAACAAGUUUAUUGAACCAAGCUCACAUAGAAAUGGCUCUAAAAACGAUUGCAAAAUUGCACGCGAUGUCGUUGAUAUACGAAGAACGAACCAAAACAACGUUACUUGAUUUAUCAGUAAAUCUGUCUGGGAAAAGCACAUGUAUGCUGGAGGAAAACGUGUAUAUAAAUAGUGAAUCGUACGUGCGUACCACAAAUCUAGAAAACUGCAUCCAGGUUAUGUGUGAAGUUGCCAAACGAAUUGAUAAAUACAAAAAUUCGGAGCAAUUGGAAUACAUCCUUAAAAGUAUUCCGUUGACAGUGCGCCGUAUUUAUGAUUUGGCGAAACCAUCAAACGUGUUCCGGAACGUCUUAAACCAUGGAGAUUUAUGGUGUAAUAAUAUUUUAUUUAAAUAUGACACAAAACUCAAUGGUGCAAAUAAAGCACAUCCUGUUGAUGCAAAAUUGGUGGACUUUCAGUUUUCACGCAUCGCACCACCAGCAUAUGAUGUGAUGGCGCUCAUUAUGAUAUCAACGUUAAGCGAAUUUAGAGAUCCCCUGUUAGAACAAUGGAAGCAUCUGUACUAUGAUAGCUUGUCAUCCUACGUAGCGGUAAAUGGGUUGGAUUUGGAAGUCAUUCUGCCGAGAUCAAUUUUCCUAGAAUCCUGCACACACUAUCAUCUAGCCGGAUUAAUUGAAAGCUGUAUGUACUUCCACUGGCCACCGGAACCGGAUUGCUACGAACGUGACGAUACUGUGGAGGAUGAUUUUGAUUGUCAAACAAAUACCGCCGUGUUUGUAAGGGCCAGUAUACGAGGGUUUGAAAAGUAUGAAUCGUAUCGCACACGUAUAAGUGAUAUGAUUACGCAAAUUGUUGACAAAUAUGUGUUAGAACAAUAAGAUGUUUUGUUCCCUUCCGUUAUCGUUAAAAAUGGUUAAUUUACAUCAAUGCUGCUGCAUGAGUUCGAUCAAUCAAUUGUUUUGUAUGCUUAGAAUAGAGCUCUAUAGUGCGAGUUGAAAAUAAAGUAAUAAUCGGUUGGCAGGUAUGCAUAGAAAUAAUGAUAAAAA